AUGCCUAUCGCUGUUCCCAAGGCCAACCAUCUCCUCGACCUCAUGAGCCUCAAGGGCAAGGUUGUCGUCGUCACUGGCGCUUCCGGAGCUCGCGGCAUGGGUAUCGAAGCCGCCCGCGGCUGCGCCGAGAUGGGCGCCAACCUCGCUAUCACAUACUCCUCCCGCCCCCAGGGUGGUGAGAAGAACGCCAAGGAGCUCGCCGAAGAGUACGGUGUCAAGGUCAAGGCUUACAAGUGCGACGUCAGCACCUGGGAAAGCGUGGACAACUUCGUCAAGGAAGUCAUCAAGGACUUCGGCCAGAUCGAUGCCUUCAUCGCCAACGCCGGUAAGACCGCGGACGCAGGCGUCCUCGACGGCUCAGUUCAGGACUGGGAAGAAGUCAUCCAGACCGACCUGAACGGCACCUUCCACUGCGCCAAGGCGGUCGGCGCUCACUUCAAGCAGCGCGGUACUGGCAGCUUCGUCAUUACCUCCUCCAUGUCCGGCCACAUCGCCAACUACCCUCAGGAACAGACCUCCUACAACGUCGCCAAGGCCGGCUGCAUCCACAUGGCCCGGUCGCUCGCCAACGAGUGGCGCGACUUUGCCCGUGUGAACAGCAUUUCUCCCGGUUACAUUGACACUGGUCUGUCCGACUUUGUUGCUAAGGAUAUCCAGGACCUCUGGAUGUCUAUGAUCCCCAUGGGUCGCAACGGUGACGCCAAGGAGCUGAAGGGUGCUUAUGUCUACCUUGUCAGUGAUGCCAGCACCUACAUGACUGGCAAUGAUAUGCGCAUUGACGGUGGUUACUGCUGCCGGUAA